AGUAGUCACACUCACUUACAAUUCUAGCUAAAACCAUCUCUCUCUCUCUCUCUCUCUCUCUGAGUAAUUUUGUUUACUCUCUUAGAUCUUCAAGAAAAUGGCUAAGGGAAGAGGCAGUGCAGUGGUGGUCUUCGUGUUUUUGUCCAUUUUGGUGCUCCAAUUUGAGGUGGGUAGUGCAGCAACCUUUACUGUUGGAGAUUCUAAAGGUUGGACCUUUAAUGUUGCUGGUUGGCCUAAAGGAAAGCGCUUUAGGGCUGGUGACAUAAUUGUGUUCAACUAUAGUCCUGCAGCACACAAUGUGGUAGCAGUGAACAGGGCAGGUUACAGUACAUGCAAUGCUCCAAAAGGUGCCAAAGUUUAUACAUCAGGGAAGGAUAGGAUCAAGCUUGUGAAGGGCCAAAACUUCUUCCUCUGCAGCUUUGCUGGGCACUGUCAGGCUGGAAUGAAAGUAGCCAUAACUGCUGCGUGAUCUAGCUAGCUAAUUAAGAUCAAGACAUUUGGGAUUUUUAUUUUUAUUUUUUCUUCACUUUAUAUAUGUAAUGAUAGGUUUUGGUGUUAGGAAAGUUACUGAUCAAUGUGUCUUUGUGGUGGUGUGUGACUUGAUUUUGUGGGUGGGUUGGUGUGGCUUCUGGCUAGGCUGCCAAAUAUAUAGAUAUAAUGUUGUGAAAUAAAAUGGAGAAAAAUAAUAGGUUGGUUAGAUUUUUCUUUUUUAAAUCUGGUCUAUGUCUAUUAUGGAUUUAAGAUGUAAGAUAUAUGGUGAAAUCAACUUAUUAAAUACAUGGAUCUCAUUUAUUUA